AUGGCCAUGCCCCCUCCCGCCGUCCCGUCCCGUCCCGCCCCACCGGCUCAUCCCGCCGCGCCCCCUUGUCGGCCUCCCCACACGCCAUUUUCUCCGCGGGCGGGCUCCCAUGAGGCGAAUGGGGUGCAGAACCCUCCAGCACACCCCGUUCCGUGCGUAGUGCCUCUCCAUUCAGUCCCCGAAGGGAGUCCCACCGUGACCCGGCUGCGGUGGGGCACUGCAGCUACACCGCGGGCCAGCCCCCAAGCACAGACACCGUUCCUCUACAACCGCAGGGCUCCUCACAGCUCUGCAUCGAUGGAAACGCAGGAAUCCAAUUGA